UAAAUAUUUGUCUUCCACAGGGAGAAAAAGGCUACCCAGGGCCCAAAGGAGACAAAGGCCCCAUGGGCUUAUCAUUUAUAGGUGAGCCAGGACCAAAAGGCCUAAAGGGAGCAAAGGGUGAUGACAGAAAUUGCUCCGACACACAACUUAUCACCAACUGCACAGUUACAACUGUGCUCCCAGGUAUGAAAGGUGAUCGAGGUAGGAUAGGUGAACCAGGACUAAAGGGUGAGAAGGGUGAUCGUGGCAGCAUAGGCUACCCAGGUCCACAUGGGCCCCAGGGAGAAAAGGGCCUUCCUGGUUUUCCAGGUCCACCAGGAAGAGAAGGUGUUGCUGGUCCUCCUGGACCCAAUGGAUACAAGGGUGAUCGAGGCCCUGAUGGACUGGAUGGUUUGCCUGGUUUGCCGGGAAAUAAAGGAGAUGCUGGUCACCCUGGUCGAGAUGGUGCAAAGGGUGAUCAUGGACCGCCAGGACCCUCUGUGGGUGGAGAACCUGGACCUCCAGGUCCACCAGGUCUACAAGGUUUCCCAGGACCCAAGGGAAGGGAUGGCAUUGAUGGUGUACCAGGUGGAAGAGGACCUCCAGGAGUACCAGGGGGUCCAGGACAGCCUGGUAAUCCUGGUAGAGAGGGAGCUCCAGGAAGGAAGGGCGAGAAGGGUGAUUCUGGUCGACCAGGUCAACCAGGACCCCAAGGACCAUCUGGACCUGUUGGUGAACGGGGUGUGUCAGGUGUUCCUGGUGCAAAGGGAAACAAAUGUUUUUCUGUUCCUGGAGAGCCCGGGCGUGAUGGAACACCAGGACGUGAUGGAAUUCCAGGUUCCCGUGGCCCCAUGGGUCCUGAGGGUCCUCGUGGUAUACCUGGAGACAGUAUAAAUGGUAUCCCUGGAUCUCCUGGAGAUCCUGGACUUGUUGGACCUCCUGGUAUCCCGGGUAAUCCUGGAGUAGAUGGUAUUGCUGGUCGUGAUGGAGCAAAAGGUGACAGGGGUCUAGACUGUGAAUGUGACCAGUGUGAGAAAGGUGAAAAAGGCCAACCUGGACCUGAAGGAUUGCCAGGAAUUCAGGGCCCACGAGGACCACCAGGCUCGAUCGGUUACACAGGAGAGAGGGGUGAGGAUGGCCAAGCAGGAGUACCAGGUCUACCAGGAAAAGAGGGUGUGCCAGGCACGCCUGGAGUGCCAGGAGUUAAAGGUGACAAGGGUGAAGCAGCAUAUGCCCUUCCAGGACCUCCAGGUCCCAAGGGUGAGGCAGGUCGCAGAGGUCUUCCAGGUCUUCAGGGACCUAAAGGAGAGCCAGGUUUCCCAGGACGACUUGGCCUUCAAGGUCUACCAGGCUUCAAGGGUGAACCAGGAUUCAAUGGUAAUUAUUAUUAUUAAAUUCAUGGGAAAGCA